AUGGCAAACGUCGGAGUACUCCCAGUUGCGUCUAUUCCUAUAAACUACGAGGAAGAGUUGGGUAAAAUCGAAGACUUUCUCACCAAAUUCGUCCCUCAGGCAAGGCGACCAAGACGUCAUGCGCACCUUCCAGCGGACGACGAUGAAGCCGCCGAAGAAGAACAAGCUUUGGCUGAUGAUCUCGACGACUUGGACGUUGACGAUGUCGAUGGAAGAGAAGGAAGGUCAAAAGCAAAGUAUAUGAAAGUUUUGAGGAAAGUCGCGAACCGACAGUUGGCAGAGGUCACUGUUGAUUUGUCCGAUUUGAGAAAGGACCUGACUAGGAUUUAA